AUGGCAGCAUUCAUACUACCACCUAUUCAUUUACAUCGUCAUUCCGUAAUCGAUUAUUCAUCAUCGUUAAAACAAAAAAAUAAACUACCUUCACGUAUUCCAUUGAAUAAUGCUGUUCGAUUGCCCAAACCACGUUUAUCUACUGUUCGAUUUCAGGAAUCUGCCUUUUCUCUACCGACUCAUAGUCGAACAUCACAAAAUAAUGGAAGUCGAUUAAAUGUUGAAAUUGAAAAUAUACUCAAUGAAGAACAACAGCAUGAUACUGAACAAUUCCAAGAAAAUGAAUAUAUCCAUUCAUUAAAGGUAAUGGAAAAAGCUGAACGAUCUUUGUUAAAUGACAAUCCAUCUUCCUUAUUGUUACCAAAAACGUCCAAAUCAACAACAAUCGAACCAUUACCCAUGACAAAAUCCAAACCCCCGUCAACACCCGUGCAUUUUGUCUCUACACUAUCUGUUGACGGUCAAUAUGCAAUGAUGAAAACCUAUGAAGACACGUUAUUCAAGGAAAUUUCUAAUGCUUAUCCAACCGUCGCUACCAUUUUACCACGAACAAAAACUUCUCAUUUCAGAAAGAGACGUUUGCUUUCGCCGUUGAAAGAGCAGCAACAACAAUUGAAUAAACUUUACGAAACACAUCAGGUCACAGAGCAUAUUAAACAAGCACAAAAAAUUCUUGACGAUUUAGAUGAAAUUAAAGUUGGAAAAUUAGAUCGAUUUUGUAUGUCAAAGAGAAAAGAGCCACUUGGAAAAUAUGUACAAUGGCAAAAAACAUGGUCACAUACUUUAAAUGCUUGA